AUGGCCAUUCUCAAGAACCUCGCAGCUCUGCUGCUGGCGGCUGCUGCUGCUGCUGCUCCUUUUGCCGCCGCCACUCCUGCUACUAUCCCGUCUGCCUCUGGCAAGUACAUCGUCACCCUCAGGAGCGGAAUCACCGCCCGCGAUGUUGACUCUCACCUCGAGUGGGUUAGCGACAUUCACGCUCGCAGCAUCGGCCGCCGCCGCCGCCACAAUCUCGACCUCGCUGGUUUCGGCAAGAAGUUCGAGAUCGGCAGCUUCAACGGGUACUCGGGCCAGUUUGACGCCGCGACCAUUGAGGAGAUUCGCAACAAGGAUGAGGUCGCCUACGUCGAAGAAGAUCAAGUCUUUAGUUUGUUUGGUCUAGCGACCCAGUCUGGCGCCACCCACGGCCUCGGCUCAAUCUCGCACCGCAACUCGGGCUCUCUCGACUACAUUUACGACGGCAGUGCCGGCGAGGGCGCAUACGCUUAUGUCGUCGAUAGCGGAGUCAACACUGCCCAUGUCGAGUUUGAGGGCCGUGCCUCAAAGGGCCACGCUGCCGCCGGUAUAAGCAGCGCGCUCGAAGACUUUCUAGGCCACGGCACCCACGUUGCUGGAAUUAUUGCCUCUAAGAGCUACGGUGUAGCUAAGAAGGCCUCCAUCAUCGACGUCCAGAUUACCGACGACGGAUAUACCGAUAUCUCCCUUUUCCUAGACGGCUACCAGUGGGCCGUCAAGGACAUCAUCGAUAAGAAACGCCAGGCCCGCUCGGUCAUCAACUUGUCCAUUGGUGGUCCCGUCUCCCGUGCCGUGAACGACGCCGUCGACAGCGCUUUCCGCUCCGGUAUUCUAACCGUCGUCGGCGCGGGCAACGACAACCAGGACGCUGCCCACACCUCGCCCGCCUCCGCCCCCAACGCUCUGACCGUCGGCGCUGUCAAUGCCACAUGGGCUGUAUGGUCUGAGAACUCCCGGCUAGGCUCCAACUACGGAAGCGUCGUCGACAUCUACGCGCCCGGCGAGGACAUCCUUUCUACCUGGAUCGGCUCGACCACGGCCACCAACUCCUCGACCGGCACCUCCAUGGCCGCGCCUCACGUUGCUGGUCUCGCCAUCUACCUUGCUGUUCUCGAGAACAUCAACACGCCAGCCGCCUUGAUCAAGCGCAUCAAGGAUCUUGCCACUAAGGACAAGAUCACCGGCAUCAAGGGUGAAACCCCUAACCUGCUUGCUUACAACGGAAACCACUAG